CUGUACUCCGUACUUAUCCUUCUGUACAUGACAUUCCGCAAACUUGAAAUCGAGCACCAUGUCUCACCGGUCGGCAUUGGCUCAACUUCGAGCUCAACGUGCUGCUGGCAAGACACGUCUCGAUUCGUACCAGGUCGAAGAUCAAGGCGCCAUCUACGACGAAGUCGAUGAAGACGGUUACAAGAAGGUUGUUCGCAGCCGCCUCGACAAAGACGACUUUGUGGUUGACGACCACGGUGAAGGCUAUGCGGAUGACGGUCGUGAAGAAUGGCAGAACGAGCGUCAGUACUACAGCAGCGACGAUGGGGACGAUAUCCCACUCAAGGGCAAGGCUGCGAAACGAAAACGCGACGAAGACCGAGAGAAGGAUGAGCGUACCAACCACAAAAUCAUGAACUACUUCAACAACGGCCCAGUGGCUGCUCCCAAGCCCAAGAUACAAACUACCGCCGAAGAUGAAGCAUUCAUGGCCGACCUGUUGGGCGAAGUCGAUGCCAACAUCCUUCCGGCUCGUGUAUCUACCAAGAAGCAUAUCAAGUCGGAAAACCGACGCAAGGUCAGAGUCCUCUCUCCUCCCCUCACCCAGGAGCGACCUCGACCAAAAUACCAGGCACCCGAGCCAGACCUGGUCGACACCCCUCCUCCUCAGGGAGCCCACGAUGGCGACGACACUAUGGCAAACUUUGACGACGACAACAUCAUGAGCGACCCUCUUCCUUCUUCUCCUGUCGUCAAGGCUGUCGAGCGCAGAACAAAGGUCCAAAUCAAAGAGGAGGAGGAUGACGAUGACAUGAUGGAUGUGGCCCAGGUCGUUGCGCAUGAAGGUAUUCAGUCCGCAAGCGUCAACAUGACUGGCAGCAGACCCCCGCCGAAGAUCAAGUCUUCUCAGCUUCCCACCCCCCAGAGCUCUUCGCCUCCUCUACCUGCAGUCAAUGAUGUCGAUGCCUCAUCGUGGAACAGGAUCAACAGCAAGCUCAAUAUUCAGAGCAGCCCGUCUUCAGAGUCGUACGUGUUCGGCAAGAUGAAGCCUCAGGAUGCAGUAGAGCAAGACGGCAGCUUGCGGUUCUUCUGGCUAGACUACACCGAGAUCAAUGGCAAUCUUUGUCUCUUCGGCAAAGUCAAGCACAAGUCCACCGGGCAGUAUCUCAGCGCGUUUGUGAAGAUUGACAAUGUCCUUCGCAAGCUGUUCUUCCUCCCCAGGAAAUAUAAACACUCCAAUGGUCGAGAGACCAGUGAAGAGGUGGAAAUGGAUGAUGUGUACGGCGAGGUCGACUCGUUGAUGUCUAAGAUGAAAGUCACAACGAGGAAGGUCAAGCCAUGUACAAGAAAAUAUGCAUUUGAGCUGCCAGAUGUGCCCAAGGAAACAGACUACCUCAAACUGCUGUAUCCGUACGACAAGAACUCUCUCCCCAUAGAUUUGCAAGGUGAAACCUUCUCGCGAGUCUUCGGCACAAACACUUCUCUGUUUGAGCAGUUUGUGUUGUGGAAGAACAUAAUGGGUCCUUGCUGGCUGAACAUCGAGGAUGCAGAUUUCACCUCUGUCAACAAUGCUUCAUGGUGCAAGCUCGAGUGUUCAGUAAGCCAACCGAAAAACAUCACUGUUCUGAAGGACUCUGAGGGCGUGGAAACCCCCAAACUCACCUUGAUGUCUCUGUCCUUCCGCACUCAACUUAAUGUCAAGGAGAAUAAGCAGGAAAUUCUGAUUGCGAGUGCCAGAGUUUACGAUAACGUUUCUCUUACAGACACUACUCCACCAGAGAAGCUACCGUCAAGAACAUUCACAGUCAUGCGACCAUCUGGCUCAGCAUACCCGCUAGGCUUUGAUGCUGAAACGAAGAAACAGAAUGGCACUUUUAUGCUCGAAAAGAGUGAACAAUUCCUGCUCAGCAAAUUUUUGGCUCUGUUCGAAAAGGUCGAUCCCGACGUUCUGAUCGGCCAUCAAUUGCAAGAAGUCGACUAUAGCAUUCUUCUUAGCCGUCUUAAAGAAAAGAAAACACCUGGCUGGCACCGCAUUGGCAGGCUGAAGCGAAGUGAAUGGCCCAAGACCUUCGGAAAAGGUGGCUCCUCAUUCUUCACCGAGCGCCAGCUUCUCGCCGGUAGACUGAUGUGCGACUUGGCCAACGACAUGGGAAAGUCGCUAAUGACGAAAUGUCAGCAAUGGAGCCUUACAGAAAUGUGUGAGUUGUAUCUUGGACCAGAAAAUCCUCGACGCGAGCUUGACAACGAGGAGUGGUUGAACAAAUACGUCAAGAAUCCUCAGGGGCUACUUGACUAUGUCAAUCACUGUCAUGCAGAUACCUACUUCAUUGCAGCACUAGCCUUGAAGUUGCAGAUGCUCCCACUGACCAAGGUUUUGACCGAACUUGCUGGUAAUUCUUGGGCCCGUACAUUGAGCGGCACGAGAGCCGAACGAAACGAGUACAUUUUGCUUCAUGAGUUCCACCGAAACAAAUACAUUUGUCCCGACAAGGAGUAUGGAAAAGGCCGGGCGAAGCGUACUGAAGAGAACGAAGAUGACGACGAAGGUGCCGAUACCAAGAAGAAAGACAAGUACAAGGGUGGUUUGGUGUUCGAGCCUGACAAGGGCUUGUAUGACAAGUUUGUCUUGGUGAUGGACUUCAACAGUUUGUACCCCAGUAUCAUCCAGGAGUACAACAUCUGCUUCACCACCGUCGACCGAGCGAGUACGGCACAGAAUGAGCACGAGGAGAAAGUGCCCGAGGUGCCUGUGGACCAAGCACAGGGUAUUCUCCCAAAACUCAUUGCCACUCUCGUCAUGCGUCGUCGUGAAGUCAAGAAGCUGAUGAAGGAUAAGCGAGCGACACCGGAGCAGAUGGCCCUCUGGGACACCAAGCAGAUGGCCUUGAAGCUUACCGCCAACUCCAUGUACGGUUGUCUGGGUUAUACCCAGUCACGAUUUUACGCAAGACCCCUCGCUAUGCUCACUACUUUCAAGGGUCGAGAAAUUUUGAGGAGCACAAAAGAGCUGGCCGAGAGCAACCAGCUUCAGGUCAUUUACGGUGAUACAGACUCGGUCAUGAUCAACACCAACGCGGACAACAUCGCUCAAGCGCUAAGUGUCGGUAACGAUUUCAAGAAGUCUGUCAAUGAACGAUACAAGCUGCUGGAGAUUGACAUUGACAAUGUCUUUCGUCGACUGCUGCUGCACGCAAAGAAGAAGUAUGCUGCUGUCAACAUGGCUGAAGUCGAUGGCAAGUACAUUGAGAAGCUCGAAGUCAAGGGUCUUGAUAUGAAAAGGCGAGAGUACUGCAACCUUUCCAAGGACGCUUCCAAGAAGCUUCUCAACGAAAUAUUGUCCGGGGACGAUGCCGAGGUGGUCCUGGAACGAAUCCACGAAUAUCUUCGCGACCUUGCGAAUAAGAUGAGAGAAAACACCAUCCCACAGACACAAUACGUCAUCUACACGAAACUCGGAAAGAAUCCAACCGAAUAUCCCAACGCAGACUCGAUGCCUCAAGUUCAGGUGGCACUUCGAGAAAUCGCUCGUGGAAAGAAUGUUCGAGUCAACGAUGUCAUGUCCUACAUUGUCACCAUGGGCGAUGAGUCUACUAAGGGUCUACCAGCGCCCAAGCGUGCAUACACACCUCAGGAUGUGCUCAAGCCUGGCUCAGGCCUUGUGCCAGACGUGGAGUAUUACUUGUCGAAGCAACUUUUCCCGCCGAUUGAGCGUUUGUGUGCUCCGAUUCCUGGCACCGACUCGGUCAGGUUGGCAGAGUGCCUGGGACUAGAUGUCCGCAAGUACCAGAUCAGCACGACGAGCGGUGACAGUCGGCAAAGCAACGAGAUCUUCCCUCUGGAAUCGCAAAUCCCUGACAGCGUUCGUUAUCGAGAUGCGGCUCGGCUCAAGCUCCGAUGCCGACAUUGCGAGCAGACGACAGUCUUUGAAGGCCUGUGCGACUCAACAACUACGUGCACACCCGAAGGCAUUGCCUGUAGCAAUGCUGAUUGCCAGCAAAUCUUCACCAGGAUGGCUGUGACGACCCAAUUGGAAGCACAAAUUCGAGUCCAGACCUGUCUUUAUUAUGAAGGUUGGCUUGUCUGCGACGAUUCAUCGUGUGGCAACCGGACCCGACAGAUUUCAGUGUAUGGUCACCGAUGUCUUGGCCCCAACGGCCGUGCCGAAGGGUGCCUUGGUCGUAUGUCAUACGAGUACAGUGAAAAGAAACUAUACAAUCAACUUCUGUAUUUCGCAAUGUUGUUCGACGCGGAGAAGGCGAAGAACAAAGCAAAGUCUGACAAGGAGUAUACGGACCGACGGGAUCGCAUUGUUGUUCUCGCCGAGACGAACAAGGACAGAUUCGAGAGUAUCAAGACUGUUGUUGAUGGCUACUUGAGAAAAUGUGGACGACAAUGGGUAGAGAUGGAUACAUUGUUCGGUUUUGCUCUGAGAUGAAAUGGAUUUGGGGGGUGUUGUUGUUUUCUUUUUGGAAUAAUGAGCUUGCAUUGAGAGAGCGUCUUUUGAUAGCGAAAAGGCCG